AUGGCCAAAGGGAUUGACGCUUUGCAAUCCCUGUACUCGCGUUCGGGGAGGUCGUUUUCCGGCGGCCCUUCUUCGAAUGCAGCAGGUGGGUCUCGUCAUAUUGCUCGACACGACCAAGGACAUCAACAAUCAGCUGAGCACGAGGCUCCCAGCUGUCUCAAGCCGGCCGGUGAUAGCCACGCCAGCGGACGUGUUAACUCGUCCGGACGCCAUUCAUGUCGCGGUGGCUCAAAAUACACUUCAUUAGAAAGCGUUGACCACCGCCUGAGUCCACCAAAGGAUUUGGUGUGGGCGGGAACACCUGAUCCGGCUCGAGGGUCGGAUCAGCUUGAUGUUCAGGAACUGAACCGUGUAACGGAACAGUUACACGAUUACAUGGCUCAUGAACGGACUCGACAUUAA